AUGUUUGACAUCCAAAUAAUCAAGGAAGGUAUUGGAGACACUCCUAGAUUGCACGAGGAAGUUUUCUUCUUCUUUAUUGCUCACAAUCAGAACGGAGAAUUACUCACUAACUCACAACACACAGCUACUAAAACCAUAAUCGGAAGAGGAUGGUUGUAGUCUGAGAUUGAAUAAGCUCUUAGUAAGAUGAAGUAAGGGGAACGUAGUCUCAUUAAGAUUUAUCAAUCCCCAGUCUCCAAAGAAUUUUAUAAUUAAUAUGAAAUCGAGAUUAUUAGAAUAGGGAGAAUGAAGAAUAACCCUUGGCAUUUAGAAGGGGAGGAGGUCUAUGAGAGAGCUUUGGAAUUGAAAGGGUUAGGCAAUGGCGAUAUCAAACAAUAAUAAUAUCUAGAAGCCCAAAAUAAAUAUUUGGAAUCAUUAAAUUUAAUAAAGACAGAGUAUUGUGAUAGAGAAUUGGAAUUGUAAGGGCAAUUAAGAUCUAAUCUUUCUCUUACAUAUUUGAAGAAUAAAUAGUUUGAAUUAUGCAUAAAACAAGCCACAAAUGUUUUAUAAGGAUAACCUGAGAAUGUUAAAUUGUUACACCGAAGGGCUGUGGCUUCGAUUUAGGUUGAUGAUUUUGAGAGGGCGAAAGUUGAUUUAAAAUUGGCAAAUCAAUUGGAUCCUUAGAACGAGGAGGUGAUAAAGGAGUUGCAGAGCAUUGGAGAGAAGGAGAAGUAGAUUAAGAAGAAAUAGUAGGAGAGAGCAAAGAGAAUGCUUUUUGGAGAAUGA